UCUUUUUUUUUUUUUUUCAGACGAACCGAAGGGAGCCGAAAAAACCUAAUAUUCAGAUAACGGGGGCCAAGUUCGUGGACGAAGGAGAGAAGAUCUUCCUCAUCUGCAACGCCACGGCGCAGGACCAGCCUCCCGACGACCUCGACUGGUUCCGUGAUGGCGAAAAGUUGCAGACAAGCGAAUCGAAGGGUGUGUACAUCCGUAAAUCGUACACCCUUGUCGACUGGCACCAUCUUCAGCACCCUGGAGAUCAAGAACGCUCGCCUGAAGGACGCCGGCUUCUACGUGUGUCGCACGUCCAGCCUGGACGUCACCAGCUUCCGGGUCAACGUCCUCAACGACACGGUGAGAACGAACGAGAGGUCACGCAAGCUGGCAGAGGAUGUCGGGAAGAAGAAGAAAUUGGGGGCGCUAGGAGGGGACACCUUCAACGUCAAACGAGGCACCGAAAAUGGCAGAACAGAAGGCAUGCCCGAUUCUCACAAUGCCGCCACACAGUCGUCUGGCCUGACAUUGCUGCUUGAGUGUGUGUUCUUUCUCGGGGCUUCUUUUCUCUUCUCCGUCAUCACAUGACCUGCUCAAAAGUAUAUAAACCUAAAUAAACAGACUAAAAAAAAAAAGAAGAAAAUGGAGAGAAACAGAAGAUGUGAGAGAAGAAGCCUGUGAGGUUGAUUCAAUUUAUUUCGGAACGGAAUUUCGUCUACCUCAGAUGCUUCUUGUUCCAAGCUGACCUGCUGCGGUGUUGUAAGUGUCGCAAGUGUUGUCUCCAGAAGUGCACAACGCCUACAGAACUGGACAAAGGAGAUCGGGGUGGACUUGGGGGAGGGCAAGGGGAUGGAAGGGAGGGGUAGAGGGGUUGCUAUUUAAAGCAACCCACCCAGAGAUGCAAAUGAGUGACGAGAUUAACGGUACUUCGUGGCCUUGCCGUUACCAGCACAAAACAAACUCAAAACAACUUUCAUGACGGAACACAGGGAGAACCUAGCGUGACGCGCUUCCGCUCAAGAGUCCUCAGUGCGCAUGUCUGUUGCCCACUCUUUGUCUCUCUCUUUUUCAAAACAUCUUCCAGACUGUUCGGCUUCAGCAUUUUUUGUGAUGAAUAUGAUGUGAUUUUUGUUUAAACUCAUGUUCGGUGUCCAUUUGUUUUAAACAUGUUUCUACUCGCGUGUGAGUUCUCUUUUCUUUAAUGAGAAUUGUGUCUGCGAGGGGUGAUCGGAACCUGCAGGGUUUUCAGGUCAGUUCAGUCUCGAGAUAUAAGUGUGGAACAUUAUACCUCAUCGGUCUGCAGGACUGUGUGUCGUGGAAUCAAAUCUUUGUUUUAUUAAUUUUUUUUUUCCUGGAGAAAGCUGCUGUGAACAGUGAACGUCAAAUCGAUGGAAACAGCGACGAGAAAAAUAACACCAAAAAGACUGUUUAUUUGGCAUUAACUAGGCCAAGAUGAUACAACUUAUACUACAUCAUCAUUCAUGGCGAUGUCAUGCAUCAGGAAAAGAAGGUGACUUCACGGAUCCAAAAAUAGCGAUAAUGACCUAACGCCCUUUGUUUGAAUUUUUUAGUCUGUUUUGUUAACUAUUUGUUGUCAGUCAGCUGAUCAGGGACACUUGCCAUAUUCGUUAUCGUCGUCCAUGACCCGGACUUGUUGACGACGACACAUGGCAGAUGAAAUCGAUGGUUGUGUUGUAAUGCGAUUCAAUGGAACCUGUAUUUGUAUAUGUAGGUACAUUUAUCAUAGAAAAGCGCGAGCAAAAGAACCCUCCCCCACCUUGUUCUCUAUGGGUUACCUCACACGUGGUUUUCUACUCGUGCAUAGUAUCCUCCAUACUUUUAACAUUAAAAGUGUUCAUUGCAUUUGAGCACGUUAAGUUUGUCAGGUAAAUGUAAACGGUUAAUUAAAAAGUGUGAACCAUUGCCGAGGGUUUUACCCGAAUUUGUUACAAAGUAGGGAUUAUUUAUUUACUGAAGAUUGUAAAACCUCAUACUUCAAAAAUUUGAUAGGCUCUGCUCUGUCUUAUGCGACGAAUGGCAGCAUGUAAAAGAUAAAUUAUAAAGUUUUUGGUUUGUAGACAUGCUACGGCUUACAGUGUAGACACAAGAGUCGUUAGUCACGUCACGUAUGAGACAUCACGUGACAGUCGCGUAACCAAAGAGUGUAGUUAUAAAUCGAAAGAGGAAGAAGAGAAGAAAGCCUUAUGAAAGUCGGGUCACGCAAGGAAGAGAUUGACUUAGCGCAGGACACCAGCUGUCAGCCAGCUGUCGCCAUGGCUGGUGGCGCCUGAAGAAGUAUUCAUCGAGUUAAGGGCCGGGGUUUUUUUUUCUGAGGGGACAGGAGGACAGAAGCAAGGCACACAGCCUGGGGUACUGGGCUUGUGUCCCUCCCACAGGUGGCCAGUUAUUGUUGCUGCGUGAAUGAGCAUGUGUGUGUGUGAGAGAGUGUGAGAGCGCGCUUUGCCAAUAUUGUAUGGCAUAUUUUCAUUGUGUGCCUGGAAAUGUUACAGAAUAUUGUGACAAUAUGCUUUGACUGGGAGCUGUUACAUAAUUAUAUCCCUCUUUGUACAGUGUCCAUUCAGAAUGUGAUGUAUCUACAUAAAUCAGUUUGGCGUUGUACAGCUGUUUGUCAUUUUCUUUUAUUUUCCCUCCCACAAUUGUCCUGUACCCACACUAAUUAUCUGCGUGUUUGCCUUGUUCUCUGUCAGCUGUCUUCCUGUCUGUUUGUCUGUCUGUCUGUGCCGGUAUUUCUCUCUUUCUGUCUGUCCAUAAAAGUGGUUGCCUUUUAUGUCCAGAGACCCUGCGCCUAAUGCAGAGAUGGAAGUGGUUCAUUGUUCUUUCAUUUCAAUGUGUUUUAUGAUGAUUUCCUGUAUACUUUUGUCAGCAUGAAAAUAUUCUUCAUUCAUGUCUCGGGUAUUUUAAUGAAAACAACCACCACGUUUAUCCUGGAACUUUAGAUAUAAAGGGGUAAUACAAGAUUUUCGUGAUAACCUGUGGUAUUUCCACGACUCUGAUGUGAAACCAUCCCUUUUACUUUCGUAGGUACCUAAGAUAAAAGCGAGUCUUACACUAGUCUGAUAUUAAACCAAUUUCAUUCUCAGAGAUGUUGAUUUUGUGAGCCAAUAAUUCAGACUCCAGAGUUGGGUUCUUGAUUUUUUUUUUCAAAAAAAAAAAAAUGUAUCCACAUUUCA